ACCCUCAUCGCAACAGCGCACCACCACCACCACCGUCUCCAGCCAUGGCCUCUUCCGCCUCCCUACAGCGCUUUCUCCCCCCGUCCUCACACGUGGCAGCAUCCCGCCGCCGCCCUCCCGCCGUCCGCACCCGCCCCGUGCAGUCGUUGACCGUGUCCGCGCCGUCCUCCUCGACACCGGUCGCGGACGAUGCCGUGUCGGCGGAGCGGCUGGAGCCGCGGGUGGAGCAGCGAGAGGGGCGGUACUAGGUGCUCAAGGAGAAGUACCGGGCAGGGCUGAACCCGUAGGAGAAGGUGAAGCUGGGGAAGGAGCCCAUAUCGUUGUUCAUGGAGGGCGGCAUCAAGGAGCUCGCCAAGAUGCCCAUGGAGGAGAUCGAGGCCGACAAGCUCUCCAAGGAGGACAUCGACGUGCGUCUCAAGUGGCUCGGCCUCUUCCACUGCCACAAGCAUCAGUAUGGGCGGUUCAUGAUGCGGCUGAAGCUGCCAAACGGCGUGACGACGAGCGAGCAGACGAGGUACCUGGCGAGCGUGAUCGAGGCGUACGGCAAGGAUGGCUGCGCCGACGUGACAACCCGCCAGAACUGGCAGAUUCGCGGCGUCACGCUCCCCGACGUGCCGGCCAUCCUCGACGGGCUCAACGCCGUCGGCCUCACCAGCCUUCAGAGCGGCAUGGACAACGUCCGCAACCCCGUCGGCAACCCGCUCGCCGGCAUCGACCCCGACGAGAUCGUCGACACCCGAUCCUACACCAACCUCCUCUCCUACAUCACCAGCAACUUCCAGGGCAACCCCACCAUCACCAACCUGCCGAGGAAGUGGAACGUGUGCGUGAUCGGGUCGCACGAUCUGUACGAGCACCCGCACAUCAACGAUCUCGCGUACAUGCCGGCGGUGAAGGACGGCAAGUUCGGGUUCAACCUCCUCGUCGGCGGGUUCAUCAGCCCCAAGAGGUGGGAGGAGGCGCUGCCGCUCGACGCCUGGGUCCCCGGCGACGACAUCAUCCCGGUGUGCAAGGCCGUUCUCGAGGCGUACUGCGACCUCGGCACCAGGGGCAACCGCCAGAAGACCCGCAUGAUGUGGCUCAUCGACGAACUUGGGAUGGAGGUUUUCUGGUCGGAGGUGGAGAAGAGGAUGCCGAACGGCGUGCUGGAGCGCGCGGCGCCGGAGGACCUCAUCGACAAGAAAUGGCAGAGGAGGGACUACCUCGGCGUGCACCCGCAGAAGCAGGAAGGGCUGUCCUACGUCGGCCUGCACGUGCCCGUGGGACGGGUGCAGGCGGCGGACAUGUUCGAGCUCGCGCGCCUCGCCGACGAGUACGGCUCCGGCGAGCUCCGCCUCACCGUGGAGCAGAACAUCGUGAUCCCGAACGUCAAGGAUGAGAAGGUGGAGGCGCUGCUCGCCGAGCCGCUGCUUCAGAAGUUCUCCCCGCAGCCGUCGCUGCUGCUCAAGGGCCUCGUCGCGUGCACCGGCAACCAGUUCUGCGGCCAGGCCAUCAUCGAGACGAAGCAGCGGGCGCUGCUGGUGACGUCGCAGGUGGAGAAGCUCGUGUCGGUGCCCCGGGCGGUGCGGAUGCACUGGACCGGCUGUCCAAACAGCUGCGGCCAGGUGCAGGUCGCCGACAUCGGAUUCAUGGGCUGCCUCACCAAGGACAGCGCCGGCAAGAUCGUCGAGGCGGCCGACAUCUUCGUCGGCGGCCGCGUCGGCAGCGACUCUCACCUCGCCGGCGUGUACAAGAAGUCCGUGCCGUGCGACGAGCUGGCGCCGAUCGUCGCCGACAUCCUGGUCGAGCGGUUCGGGGCCGUGCGGAGGGAGAGGGAGGAGAACGAGGAGUAGGAGCACAGACUGGGGGUGGUUUGCUUGCUCCGGUGAUCUCUCCCCGUCCUUGUAACGUAGACGACAAUGCCUUCGCCAAUGGCACGCUUGUACUAUCACGUUUUGGUUUGAUCUUGUAGCCCACAAAGUUGUGUUCAUUCACGUUACAGUCUUACAGAGGAUGGUUGAUAAAUAAAGAAGAACAGAUUCUGCAACUGUUCAUCGCUGUUC